CCGCUGGGCAAGCCCGGGCCUAUAAUCCCCAUUCGCGUUUGCCUGAGGCGGAAAUGAAUGGGUGUGGCCUCGCGGGGUCGACCCCGCCCCGGAAGUGGGCGGGUUACUGAACCCCGCCGCGGACCCGUAGCCUCCCAGUCGGGCUGCGGCCGAGGCCGGUCCUGGCUUUGUAGCUUACUCAAGAUGGCGGCGCAGCCACCCACCGGGAUCCGCCUCAGCGCGCUUUGCCCGAAGUUUUUACAUACAAAUUCUACUAGUCAUACUUGGCCGUUCAGUGCAGUUGCUGAGUUAAUAGAUAAUGCUUAUGAUCCUGAUGUGAAUGCUAAACAGAUCUGGAUUGAUAAAACAGUGAUUAGUGACCGUAUAUGCUUGACAUUCACUGAUAAUGGCAACGGAAUGACAGCAGAUAAGUUACAUAAAAUGCUAAGCUUUGGCUUCAGUGACAAAGUCACCAUGAAUGGUCAUGUCCCAGUUGGAUUGUACGGGAAUGGCUUCAAGUCAGGUUCUAUGCGACUGGGCAAAGAUGCAAUGGUUUUUACCAAAAAUGGAGACACCAUGAGCGUGGGCUUCUUGUCUCAGACCUACCUGGAAGUCAUAAAGGCGGAGCAUGUUGUUGUCCCAAUUGUGACAUUCAACAAGCACCGUCAGAUGAUUAAUUUAACAGAAUCAAAAGUAAGCCUAGCAGCAAUUCUGGAACAUUCUCUGUUUUCUACGGAACAGAAAUUACUGGCAGAACUCGAUGCUAUCAUGGGCAAGAAGGGGACAAGAAUCAUCAUUUGGAAUCUUAGAAGUUACAAAAAUGCAACAGAAUUUGAUUUUGAAAAGGAUAAAUAUGACAUCAGAAUUCCUGAGGAUUUAGAUGAGACUGCAGGGAGGAAAGGGUACAAGAAACAAGAAAGAAUGGACCAAAUUGCCCCUGAGAGUGACUAUUCCUUAAGGGCUUACUGCAGUAUUUUAUACCUUAAACCAAGAAUGCAGAUCAUCAUACGUGGACAAAAAGUGAAGACACAACUAGUUUCAAAGAGUCUUGCCUACAUUGAACGUGAUGUUUACCGACCUAAAUUUUUAACUAGAACAGUGAGAAUUACUUUUGGAUUCAACUGCAGAAAUAAAGAUCACUAUGGGAUAAUGAUGUAUCACAGAAACAGACUCAUCAAGGCUUAUGAAAAAGUAGGAUGUCAGUUAAAGGCAAACAACAUGGGUGUUGGAGUGGUUGGAAUUAUAGAAUGUAAUUUCCUUAAGCCAACUCAUAAUAAGCAAGAUUUUGACUACACUAAUGAAUACAGGCUUACAAUACUAGCACUAGGAGAAAAGCUGAAUGAUUAUUGGAAUGAAAUGAAAGUGAAAAAAAAUGCAGAAUAUCCUCUAAACUUGCCAGUUGAAGACAUACAGAAGCGUCCUGAUCAGACAUGGGUUCAAUGUGAUGCUUGUCUAAAGUGGCGAAAGUUACCAGAUGGGAUAGAUCAGCUUCCAGAAAAAUGGUAUUGCUCCAAUAACCCUGACCCACAGUUCAGAAAUUGUGAAGUUCCAGAAGAACCUGAAGAUGAGGAUUUGGUGCAUCCUACUUAUGAAAAAACCUAUAAAAAGACCAGCAAGGAGAAAUUCAGGAUCAGACAACCGGAGAUACUCCCUCGAAUACUCCCUCGGAUUAAUCAUGAGCUAUUGUAUCAGUCAAGUGUUUCAAGUCAGAGCUUCUCCCCUAUGAAGGAGAGUGUGCCAAGACCACAUCUUUCUGAAGUCCCAAGUCCCUUCGCAGCAAGGAUUAUAAACAACCACCUGGUCUCAGCCCAGUCUGAACCUGAGAACAACAGCAUGAAGCGGAAGCUUAGUUUUCAUCCAUCAAUUCUGAAUGCAAAGACUCGGAGAGUAAGUAAUCCUCCAGUUGAAAAUCCAUCUUACAAAAAUGAUGAUGAUGAAGAUGUCAUCAUCUUAGAAGAAAAUAGUACCCCCAAGCCUGCAGUAGAUCUUGAAGUUAGAUCAGAUACUGAAGUUAAGUCAGAACAGAACCACACUGAGCAGAGUUGCAUUCAGGUUGAGCUUGUAAGCAGUCCUAAGCCUUGUGUCCAGGCCAGCUCCACAAGCACCCCCACCUCCAGGUGUGACCCGGGCACUGCCGUCUCCACUCAGACGGAAGCACCAGGCCUGAUGGUGAAAAAGGAAGAAAAUGUGGAAGAGGACACGGGUGUGAGGAACUGCACAGCCAGCCUGUCCUGUGUCGGUGCUGAAGCCAAAGUGCAGGAGACCUUGGCUGAGUCGGCAGAUGCUAGUGGCUGUCAGGUACAAGAACUGAGAAGCCAGCUGCUGUUAGUCACGCAAGAAAGAGAUGAUUACAAGAGACAGUGCCAGAUGCUUACUGAUCAGGUACAAGCUUUACAGCAAAGACUAUUGGAGAUGAACGACAAGUGUGUGAAGAAGGAAACGUGCCACCAGUCUACUGAAACUGACACAGUGUUUGUACUUGAAAGUGUUAAUGGUCAGUCUGCAAGCCCAGAGCAUGUGGGAUCUCAGUAUCAGCAAGCACUGGAGGAGAUAGAGAGGCUGAAGAAACAGUGCAGUACUCUCCAGCACGUGAAGAGUGAGCGCAGCCAGUCUUCCUGCACUGAGAGCAAAAGCGAGGUGGACGAGAUGGCCGUGCAGCUGGAUGAUGUGUUCAGGCAGCUGGACAAGUGCACUGUUGAGAGGGACCAGUACAGGAACGAGGUUCAGUUAUUGGAAAUGGAGAAGUCACAUAUGCAUUCUCAGUGUGAAGAACUCAAGAGUGAAGUUGAGCAGUUGAAAUCCACAGGCCAACAGGCAGGAGCAGAUGUCUCAACUUCAAGCAAUGCUGAGGAGUCUGUCAAUUAUGUGGAUGGUGAAAGCCUCAAACUUCGUUCUCUUCGAGUCAACGUAGGACAGCUGCUGGCUAUGAUCGUACCUGAUCUGGAUCUUCAGCAGGUCAAUUAUGACGUGGACGUAGUCGAUGAGAUUCUAGGACAAGUGGUGGAGCAGAUGAGCGAGAUCAGCAGUACUUAAGUGCAGACGUCUGCUGAUGGUUCCAGCUCUCAUAUAAUGUGUGCGAGGUCACAGACUGAAGAGCCGUAUCUUUCUGUAUUCUAUGCAUUCGAGUGUCCCAGGCCCUGUGGACACACAACUCUUGACAUAACCUGUGAAUUGCUGGGAUUGAGCAGCAUAAUAGUGAACUUAGCUUCUGUUCUGAAUGUAAAUAUUUGUAUUAAGUCCACACAUAUUUUUUUAUUGCCCUAGAGACUGGUGUUUUUCACCAAGAGCUUUUCAGGUUGUUACUACAGUUUGUGCGAUUUUUCUGGCUUCCUAAAAUGUAUUUUUCUCAAAAUCGAGGGCUGUGCCAUAGUGUAAAUGGAUAUGUUGCUACUGUUGUUUCCUUAAAUGAGCAUAAGACAGGUUUUGAAAUAAUGUAACGGCAUUCCUAAUAGAGUCUGCUGUGAGGGAAUUGAGCAUUACUGCUGUUUCCUCUGAAAUCCUGUCUCUGAAAUAAUUCUGUUCAUAGAUAGGAAAGCCAAAGGUAGCUGUGUUUGCCUGGCUUUUCCUUGUGGUGAGAUUGCUAAUUGUCAAGUGAAGAGUGUUUUCCAGGACAAAGAAAAGAUCUUUAAAGUGUUAAAAAUAUCCAAUGACAACCAUGUUUACUUUGAAGCCCAUUUUUGGCUGUUGAUUCGGCAUGAAGUGGGUAAAAUGAUUAUUUGAGAUUUCUUUUUGUGAGAUUUCCUGUAUAGCCUUUGUAGGGUUACUGCAGGUUAAUGUAAGCUGAGAAGGCACUCUUUCUCAGACAGUACUGCACAUCUUUACUGUAUUAUGAAUGUGUUUAUUAGCCUGGAGUUAAUCAUAAACGGGCCUGGGAUCAUAGCGCCACGUGCUGUAAAAUACGCCUCUACUGGCCCAAGGUUUGUGCAAUCUGAAAAGAGGUAGCUUUUUAUUAUAUAUGUAACUGUAUAUAAUUAAGAAUCAUAUUUUCCACAACUAAAAAUGUGUUAUUUUUUCCAAAGUUUUAUUGUUGCUAUUUAUUUUAACUUUUGUUUCUGAAAAUUCAGUACAUACUCAUUUUGUGUGUGUGGUUAACUACACAUCUGUUGUAUAUGGAAUUGAAUCUUUAUGUAUAUUACCUUCUGGAAAUUGCAAAUAAAUGAAGUUCUUGUUUUUAUUUACUUGA